UAUAAAAUCAUUUCUAUUUAUACAUUAUCACUAAGGCUUGAUAACAUGUGUUAAAUAUAUAAGCAGAACUUGAGAAUUAUCGAUGCAUUUGCAUUUUCCAAGCAGACAUGUCAGCCACGUUUUCACUGGGAACUAGCAUUCUCCUUCUACUUGUAGCUUUCUCUAGUUCUACGAGUGGUAAAGAUGAUGUAGAGGACGAAGAAAAAUAUUUGAGGUUUCCGCCGAAUUUCAUCUUCGGUGCUGCGACAGCCGCAUAUCAGAUUGAAGGAGCCUGGAACGUGAGCGGCAAAGGAGAAAGUACUUGGGAUCGGUUGGUCCACGAGCAUCCAGAUCGCAUUUACAAUGGUGACACGGGAGACGUUGCUGCGAACUCUUACUACCAGUACAAGGAGGAUGUUGCCAUUUUGAAAAAACUUGGGUUCAAGUGGUAUCGCUUCUCCGUCAGCUGGUCACGAAUACUUCCGACGGGUUUCCCGAACAAGAUCAACAGAGAAGGCGUUCAGUACUACCAUAACUUAAUCGACGAGCUUAAAGCGAACGGCAUCGAGCCGAUGUUGACUCUUUACCACUGGGACCAUCCGCAGGUUCUGGAAGACAUGGGUGGUUGGUUGAACGAUGAGAUGGUCUACUGGUUCGGCGAUUACGCGAGUAUCAUUUUCCGCGAAUACGGGCCGAAGGUAAAGAAAUUCGUCACGAUAAACGAGCCGAAGGCCAUUUGCAAAAAUGGCUACAGCCUUGGUAUACACGCUCCUGGCAAACGUUUGUCUGGACUCGGCGAGUACAUGUGCAUACACAACGUGCUGAAAUCGCACGCGACAGCGUACAGGAUCUACGACAGUGAAUUCCGGUCGAAAUACCAUGGCGAGGUUGGCUUUCUGGUCGACGUGAUGGCCUACAUGCCCGAGAAUUUAGACUCUGACGCCGCUGCGGAUACCUCUUUCGAAUUCAACAUUGGCUGGACCAUGCAUCCGAUCUUCUCCAAAGAAGGCGAUUAUCCGUCUGUAAUGAAACAGUUGGUGGCUAACAGAAGCAAAGCCGAGGGUUUCAUGAAGUCUCGUUUGCCAGCGUUCAAUGAAUAUUGGAUAAAUUUCAUAAGAAAUAGCGCCGACUUUUUGGCUGUAAAUCAUUACACUUCGAGGUUAAUUGUUAGUGGUACUAUGGGAAAGAUACCGUCUCACGAGCACGACCAAGGAGUGCGAGAGAUAAUCGAUAGUUUCUGGAAAUCAUCAGCUUCUAACUGGUUGAAGGUUGUACCUGAAGGUUUCCGAUAUGUUCUCAUUCAGUUGGCAAAAUAUUGCGGCAACCUACCGAUAUACAUAACUGAAAACGGUGUUUCCGAUCACGGAGCACUCAAAGACGACGAGAGAAUUUACUACUAUCGGGAAUAUUUAAAACAAAUGCUUAUCGCCAUUCACAAGGACGGUGUGGAUAUACGAGGAUACUUCUUAUGGUCGCUUUUGGAUAAUUUCGAAUGGAACGCAGGAUAUAGCGAACGUUUCGGUAUCGUCUUUGUCGAUUACGAAGAUCCGAAUAGGCAACGUAUAUUGAAAAAAUCGGCUUCGUGGUGGCAGCAAGUGAUAGCAGCUGGAAAAAUUGAGACUAACUGAAUCACCGUCAUCAGUGAAAAUAAAGAGAUGAUGAAUUUUAGACAAAUUUUAGUUGCCUGCAAUUUUUACUCGUGAAUCUUCCAUAUAAGAUUCCGAUCAUUUUAAUAAAUUAAUUUAACUUAUUAAAAAAUAACUCGUGAACUUC